UCCAAAUCAAGUCUUGUUUGUGUUUAAAAGGAUUUAAUUUUCAAACUUCAAGAAUUUCUGCUACGUUUGAGCGAACGUUUAAAAGCAUAUGAGAAAAAACGUAUCAAAAUUAGUGGAAAAGAAGAAUAGUUUAAAUACCUAAUGAGCAGUAAUGGUCAAAACCAUCGGGUGCCUGAGGCACACGAUGCAGUUGAUGAUGGUCCUGAGGAAGAUGAUGACUUUGGCGAAUUUGAAGGAUUUGAAGUAGGUGGGAUUGAGAGAAUGCAAGCCCAGCCAGCACCUUCGCCUUGGGCUACGUUCCCUGAUCUCCUGCCUGUGCAGACAAGUCCGGCUACACCAGCUGAAGAUGGCCAGGCAUCCUCCUCACGAAACAAUGCUGCAGGACGUGAAGCUUGGCAACCCAUUGCAGCCGCAGCUGCUUGGCCUGGACCAGGUUUGAUUCAUGACGAUUCCAGACCCAUGCCUCAACAAAUGCGGACUCUCAAUCCUCCAGAUGUUUCUCUUGGCACAAACCAAGCAGUGGGUGGCAGGAUUACUCCUGAUAAUGUGCAUGAUGCAGCUCUUGCAGUUGUCAUGGAUCACAUGGAUGGUGGCUUAGAUGCUCGUUUGCCAGUAGCACAAAUAGAUAUGCUUAAUCAACAGUUAGAAAGUGCUGAGCAUGGGAGAGCACUUUUAGAAGAGCAAGUUGAUGGACUUAGACAGAGAAAUGUAGAAUUAGAACAACAGGUAGUUAGUAGUCAGGCUCAAAUCAAUGAUCUUCAGGCCAGGUUGCAGAGAAAUCAGGAAACUUUGGAGCGAAGGCUAUCUGAACUAAGAGAUCUAAACAGUGCAGAUUUGCGAGAAGAUUUACGACGAAUUCAAGCAGAAAUUGCGGCUAUUAAAGAAUCUCAUCUGACAGAAAAGAAUGAAAUAGAAACUUCCAGACAGAAUCUCGAGGAAAUGAAAACAGGAAUCUGUAACAGACUACAAAAUUUAGAAUCUAACAUCCAAAGAGAGUAUGUAGAAAUGGAAAGAAGGCUGUCAAAGAAAUUUGAUGAACAAUGUCUUCAGGUGAAAGAAGCUAUUGAAGCUGUAGUUCAGCAAACAGCACAACAAGUAUCAGGAAGUUUGUCAAAUUUAGUUUGUGAGGCUGUGCAAAACUCAAAUGGUGGAGAACAUCAGGGCAAUAAUUUGUUACAGUCAAUUAAACUAGAACUUGAAAAGCAUAAAGACCAACAAAAAAGGGUGUUGGAAGAAGAGAGGCAACGUCAACUGAUAACAGUAUCAUCGGCUCUGCAGUCAGCCCUACAGCAUCUAAAUAGUGCUAUAAAUGAAGACACAAAAUUGAAAGACGGUGACAUAUCUUGAUUACAUUUUUCAACUUUUAAUUCAUAUUGUUCAACUCAUAGAAGCUGCACAAGUGAUGGAAAUUUUGUUUUUGUUGUGUUCAUUAAGUUUAUACAUGUGAAGAUGUGGUUACUUAUGCAACCUUGAUGUAAUAAGUAGGAUCAUUGAGAUGUGAAUUAUACAUAUAUACAUAAAUCUAUAUAUACAUAUACAAAUUAUUCAUUUAUAUAUAUUUGUGCAAACUGGCAAAACGAUUUUUAUCUCUUCAAGUUUGUAAAUAGCAAAGUUAUUACUCUGAA